AUGAAGACUGUCCUCAGCCCAUGCAUAUUCUGUUUGGAAGAGCAGCAUCAUCCGCAUUGGUUGCCCUGUGCCCAUUCAUUUUGCAGUGAUUGCUUACAGCGUUAUCUGGUGGUAAGAGGGGAUCUGCGGUGUCCGUUGUGUCGUCGCGAGUUUCAGGUGAGCGCUGAGGCUUCCAAUGACAGCCACACAGCUCCAGAUUCGCAUCAUCGUGUUGUUGUCCCAGCAGCCAUGUCGGCCACUCAGCCAUCAGCGAUCGAAGAUGCAAAUGUCCGGACAACGGAGCAUCAUCAUCUUCAUCAACUCUUCGAACUAGACUUCGACAGGUUGAACGAUACUUUGAUGCUGACACUGACUGAACAGGAAAUACGUUUCUUUGCCAAUUUAUAUGGAGAAGUGGUCCGCGAGGAUCACAGCCAGACAUCCGGAUGUCAUGGCCAUGAUUGGCAAAUAGACACACAGCUCUCAAACACAUGAUUCAUUGCUAUUGUUAAUACUUCCUUUUAGGCUACACUUUACUCGUAAACACAAAUUCUAUUCGCUCUGUUCGAUUGAUUGAUAAUCAAGUCUUUUCAUCACUUGGUUAAUUACAAUAAAAUCGA